CAUGUCAGCCAAUCAGGGGCUUCCACAUGCGGACACUGAGCACCGCAUUGGUGCCGUCGCUGCGAUUCCGCAACAUACAGGCGAAGAGAACGAAUAGUACCGAGCUGCUAACUUAGCCACAUGUGUGAAUCACUCGUUCGGACUCAAUUCUUUUCUUAAUAGGAGAGUAGGAAAAUAGGAAAGUCCUACCGACGAAUGAGGUGUUGAUAUGAGUAUUUCUUUGCCAGUAUCACGGGAAAGUAAAGCGGAGCACAGCCGGCGAAUUCAAGCUGAGCCCAAUAGUUAGCUAGCUUUAGCCUGUUAGCUUCCCGUUAGCUUGUGUGCCGCUAGCUCGUCCGCUGUCGGCAGACACCUGCGCGCCGCGUUGUCCUUGCGGGAAGGCUAACUAGAACCGGCGACUGGACAGCACUGCUCGUUUAAAACUUUUACGUUAAAACGCUCAGGAGAAGGAGUGAACGGUGACAAGGUUAGAUCAAGUAAGGCGGAAAAAAAGCGGUGUCCUCAAGUGGUCGUUCACCAUGGACAACGCACACACGAAGACGGUUGAGGAAGUUUACAGCUUUUUUAACGUGAUUGAAAGUACAGGACUGAGUACAGAGCAAGUGAAGAAACAACGGGAACGAUACGGAUCCAACGAGUUACCAGCUGAAGAGGGCAAAUCUCUUUGGGAACUGGUGAUUGAACAGUUUGAAGAUUUGCUUGUGAGGAUCCUUUUACUCGCUGCCUGCAUAUCCUUUGUGCUGGCCUGGUUUGAAGAAGGAGAAGAAACUGUUACAGCAUUUGUGGAGCCUUUUGUUAUCCUGCUUAUUCUUAUAGCUAAUGCCAUUGUGGGAGUCUGGCAGGAACGAAAUGCAGAAAAUGCCAUUGAAGCACUUAAAGAGUACGAGCCAGAGAUGGGGAAGGUGUACCGCCAGGACAGGAAGACUGUCCAGAGAAUCAAAGCCAGAGACAUUGUCCCUGGGGACAUUGUAGAGGUCGCGGUUGGUGAUAAAGUGCCAGCAGACAUCAGGCUGACCUCCAUAAAAUCAACAACACUGAGGGUUGAUCAGUCAAUUCUUACAGGAGAGUCUGUUUCUGUGAUCAAACACACUGAUCCGGUACCUGAUCCACGUGCUGUCAACCAGGACAAGAAGAACAUGCUCUUUUCUGGCACAAACAUUGCAGCUGGUAAGGCUUUGGGUGUGGUGGUAGCCACUGGUGGCAACACAGAGAUUGGCAAAAUUCGAGAUGAAAUGGCCUCAACAGAACAAGAGCGCACACCACUGCAACAGAAACUGGAUGAGUUCGGCCAGCAGCUGUCAAAGGUUAUUUCACUGAUCUGCAUUGCUGUGUGGAUCAUCAAUAUUGGACAUUUCAAUGAUCCCGUCCAUGGAGGUUCAUGGAUCCGAGGGGCUGUCUACUACUUCAAGAUUGCCGUAGCGCUUGCUGUUGCUGCAAUUCCUGAAGGCCUUCCUGCUGUUAUUACCACUUGCUUGGCUCUGGGAACUCGCCGCAUGGCCAAAAAGAAUGCCAUCGUCCGCAGUCUACCCUCUGUGGAGACCCUUGGUUGUACCUCCGUCAUCUGCUCUGACAAGACCGGCACGCUGACCACCAAUCAGAUGUCUGUGUGCAGGAUGUUUAUCAUUGACAGAGUAGAAGGUGAUAAUUGUUCCUUAAAGGAAUUCACUGUUACAGGCUCGACAUAUGCUCCAGAUGGGCAAGUGCUCCUAGAUGGAAAACCAGUUAAGUGUUCUCAGUACGAUGCCUUGGUGGAGCUGGCCUCCAUUUGUGCACUCUGCAAUGAUUCCUCUUUGGACUACAAUGAUACAAAAGGUGCGUAUGAGAAAGUUGGUGAGGCCACAGAGACUGCGCUCACUUGCCUAGUGGAGAAGAUGAACGUGUUUGAUACGGACAUUAACGGCCUAUCCAAGAUUGAGAGAGCCAGCGCCUGUAAUUCUGUGAUCAGGCAGCUGAUGAAGAAGGAGUUUACUUUGGAAUUUUCCAGAGAUCGGAAGUCUAUGUCUGUGUACUGUACCCCUAAUAAGGCCCGCUCUUCUGUCGGCAAAAUGUUUGUAAAAGGCGCUCCUGAGGGAGUGAUUGACAGGUGCACACACAUCCGUGUGGGCAGCAACAAGGUACCCCUGACACAUGGCAUCAAGGAGAAACUCAUGUCCGUCAUCAGGGAAUAUGGUACAGGCAGGGACACCCUGCGCUGUCUGGCCCUGGCAACCCGAGACAACCCCAUAAACAAGGACAGCUUGGCAUUAGAAGACUCCUCCCGCUUUGUUGAUUAUGAGACUGAUCUGACAUUUGUUGGCUGUGUGGGCAUGCUGGAUCCUCCCAGGGCAGAGGUGGCAGCCUCGAUCAGACUCUGCCGUCUUGCAGGCAUUCGAGUGAUUAUGAUCACUGGAGACAACAAGGGGACAGCAGUAGCUAUCUGCAGGCGCAUUGGUAUUUUUGGCGAGAACGAUGACGUCUCCAGCAUGGCGUUCACUGGCCGGGAAUUUGAUGAUCUAUCGCCUGCUGCCCAGAGAGAAGCUGUGGUCAAAGCCCGCUGCUUUGCCAGAGUUGAGCCUUCACAUAAAUCAAAGAUUGUUGAAUACCUGCAGUCCUAUGAUGAGAUAACAGCCAUGACUGGUGAUGGAGUAAAUGAUGCUCCUGCUCUUAAGAAGGCUGAGAUUGGCAUUGCCAUGGGCUCUGGUACGGCUGUGGCUAAGACUGCUUCAGAGAUGGUGCUGGCCGACGACAACUUCUCCACCAUUGUCGCCGCGGUGGAGGAAGGCAGAGCCAUUUAUAACAACAUGAAACAGUUCAUAAGAUACCUCAUCUCUUCAAACGUGGGUGAAGUUGUGUGUAUCUUUCUCACUGCAGCUCUGGGAUUCCCUGAAGCCCUUAUCCCAGUCCAGCUGCUGUGGGUUAACUUGGUGACUGAUGGGUUGCCUGCCACCGCCUUAGGCUUCAACCCACCAGACCUGGACAUCAUGAACAAGCCUCCGCGUAACGCCCGCGAGCCUCUAAUUUCUGGAUGGCUGUUUUUCAGAUACCUCGCAAUUGGAUGUUAUGUGGGUGCUGCCACUGUGGGUGCUGCUGCCUGGUGGUUUGUUGCUGCUGAAGAUGGUCCGAGGAUCACCUUCUACCAGCUGAGCCAUUUUCUGCAGUGUGGAACAGAUAAUCCAGAAUUCCAGGGUCUGGACUGUAAGAUCUUUGAGUCUCCUUACCCUAUGACCAUGGCUCUGUCUGUGCUGGUCACCAUUGAGAUGUGUAACGCCCUGAACAGCGUGUCGGAGAACCAGUCGUUGCUGCGAAUGCCCCCCUGGGAGAAUGUGUGGCUGCUGGGAGCCAUCUGCCUCUCCAUGUCCCUUCACUUCCUCAUCCUCUAUGUGGAGCCCCUGCCGAUGAUCUUCCAGAUCACACCUUUGAAUCUGACGCAGUGGCUGAUGGUGCUGAAGAUCUCACUGCCCGUCAUCCUGCUGGAUGAGCUGCUGAAGUUUGCCGCCAGGAACUACCUGGAUCCCGGUAAAGAGCUGGACAAGCUCGACAGCACCAAAGGCUGCUUCCUGUCUGCAUGUAUGGAGGGCGUGUCCUGGCCCUUUGUGGCCAUUUCAUUCCCACUGGUCCUCUGGAUCUACAGCACCGACACUAACCUGGCCGACAUGUUCUGGUCCUGACUGACUUGAGCACAGCUUUUGAGUUUUCCAUUCUUAUCCCCCCCGCCCUCCACUGCCACAGCUCAACCUCCUCCCUCCUCCCUCCUCCCUCUCUGCCUUCCUAUAUGUGCAUAGCUAGUGUGUGUGUGUGUGUGUGUAUAUACGUGUGUGUGUGUGUGUGUGUGUGUGCACACACAUUUGUAGAAAUAGUGUGUGUGCUUGUGCGUUCCUACUGCGUGCAGAUGAGAAAGACCAAGCUUACCACAUGAGACGUAACCAGUAUAACAUUCUAACAUGGAAAAGUCACACGUGUUCCAGUUGGGCCGAGGCUUUAAAUGUGAGUGUUAGAAGACCAUCACUCCUGUAGCUGUGGACUUUCUUGCUGAUUUGAAAUCUAUUAAUGUCAAUAUUACCUUUAAGGUUUAUAUUUUUAAUAAUUUAGAGAUAUCAUGUUUCUUAUGUCACUACGGUAACAAGAGCAACUUAUUUUCUCUGCCCUUAUUCGUGAAAAUCAAAGAAAAAGAAAAAUCAGAUUUGUACAAAAUUAACACUAUUUUAUUCAGCUGUUUAUUUGUUGUGUUUUUUUAAUGGCUUUGUAAAUUGUUUGGCCAGCGUGUCUUAUACAUAAUUUUAUUAUUUUUUUUCUCCAAAUGUUUACCAUUGUGUCUUCAGUAUAAACUCAGAACUCUUUCAGAAAGGACAAGCUCUGUGUGGCUGCGGAGGACGGGGAAAGGUUUGGGAGCAAACAUUUCACAACUCCAUUUGGUGGGGGGGGGGAUGGUGCAAAACAAAAGCCGCGUGUCCUGUGACCAAGCAUGAACUGUAUGUGGUUUCUCAUGACUAAUUUAAUGAUGUAUGUCCCCCCACCCCUCAUGUUAAACACAUAAGAGUUUAAUUGGUGAUUUUUUUUUUUUUUUUUACAAGUUUGAUUUGAAAUAAGUUUUUCUGCACUGGGCAGAGCACAGCUACCUCAGUAUGAAGUUUUUUGUACAUCUUGAUGCUUUUCCUUGCGACUUUCCACAGUCUGCAUUCUCGCUCAUGUGUAACAUCUGAGGUGUUUGCUUGUGCAGAAAAUGAACAAAAUUGUCAUUCCCUCAAACCUUUUUAAAAAAAAUUUUGUUUGUAUGAGUUUUUGACACUCAUUAUCUUUUUUGUUUCUGAGACAGAACUGUGUGGAGAAUAAUUAAUAACCAUCCCCAUGUUGCUUGAUUCAAAGGACAGCAAUGUUGAAAUCUUUAGAAGAAAAAUACUAACUCACAAGUACUUUGAACUGAACUUUGAUUGUAAGUUAAGACCCCCAAAAAGGUUCUUUUUUGUUGUUUUUUUAACUUAAAAGAUAAAAUAUACUUGUGAACCCUUUGAAUCAAAGUGUUAUUUAUUUUGUCUUUAUUUGUUAUGACUCAGGCAGAUGGGUUUUCAACAUUCACAUUCAGUGUUGACAGUUGUGUCCAUAAAGUGUUUACAUGGAGACACUUUUUAGAUUUUGCAUCGUACACCACCAUAUUGGAGUUGAAAUGAAACAGUUGAUCUGUACUGUCAGUGUAGAUUACAUUAGCUAUUUAGGAAUUGCAGCCAUUUUUAGCAUCCCUCCAGUUUCAGAGGCCAUACGUACUUGUACAAACUAAAUAUGAGGAUUAGAUGAGCCAGAUAACAGGUAUGUGAAUGUUUCCAAGUCACUGAAUGUCUUGGACAUUAAGAAACAAAACCUGUGUGGUACUAUUUAGUGUCCCUCCAGUGCUGGAGAUAAAGGACUGGAGUAGCUGAUGUUGCCUUCGGGAACUCUCGCCAGGAAUGGCACAUUACCUUGCCGAGGACUGCAGUUAUUCUGAUCCACCUCUACACCUUUGAACUCUUGGGCUGGGCUUGGCCUUAAGAUGGACUUUGCACCAUUGUGCACUUUUUGUAACUGGCCUAAGCAGUGGGUUGCUCCUCUGAGUGUGAUCUCCUUGAGGUUUCUUCUUGAAAAACACCAGAGGGAGUUUCUCCUUACCACUGAAGCCUAUGUGCAUGCUCGGAGGGGGGCUGCUGGUAAGGUUGGACCUUAUCCAUGCAUGCGCCUUGUGGCAGCGUUGUGAUUUGGCGCUAUAUAACUACAGUUGCAGUAAAUCUGUCAAAGUUUCAAAAACUUAACUGGGCACGUAGGAAACACAAGUGAGGGAUGCUAUCAAGUCACUAGUGACAACUGUGAAGGAGUUGCUUGCCUUUGGCUAACUGCAUCAUGUAACUUUUGCCUGUUGUCAGUUACAAAGCUUAGUGGAGUAGCACAGAAAAGGACUUUUCUUAAAGAUGUGAAGUUUCAGCUAUGGUUUGCCAGAAAGCACAUGCGAGACUUGAGCCUAGAUUUGAUCCACUCCAUGAUUAAGCUGUGACUGGUGGUACAACAGAUAAAGCUUGCACUGUGCAUCAUUUAUAUAAUCACAGCAACCCUACAACUCCUUAGGUGUUUUUAGGUUGCUCCCCUCACCACUCACUCAAGUAACACAUUCCUAAAUGGGUAUUUUUGCUACAUUUACCGAAUUAGAGUCUACACUAGAAGUGCAUCUUGACUGUGUAAUUUCAAGUCUAGCUUGGUGGCGCACAGAGGCAAAACUGCAAAAAUGGCCACUGUCGAAAUACUCAUGGAUCCGACUGUGCAUAUUAAUACUUGAAUACACGUCAUACCAGACCUAAGAAUGGUUCAGUUUGCUUGGUACAUGACAGGCAGGAGAUGCUGAUGUUGCAGUAAAAUUGUACUUUCAGCUAGUGCAUGUCAUGCCAUACUUCCUGAUCAUGUUUCAUGCUCCAUGCAGCACUAACCUUAAACCACCUAGCCAUUAUUUUUGCGUGGAGCUCUCCACAUGUGAGAAAACAGCCCCAUUUAACGCAUGGUUUUAGUGGGGAGAGGUGUGGGUUUGUUUGCACUGUUUGUGUUCCACUUACGACUGUGGUUUUCUUCCUCAAUGCCAUCCGUUGGCUCCAUUGUCACUAGCGUUGGCUCUUAUAAAUACCUGGUGUUGGUUUGACAGCGGCGCAGAGCUGAAAUCCAGUGCGUGUGCUCGCUGUCACCGUGCACAGUUCACCAUGGCCACCUGCAGCAUCUGUGUUCCUGCAGACCAAACAAAGGACAUGCUUUCGCAAUCACACGACCGAAUAUUCCCGGGCGGCCAGUCUUGCCUCAUGUUGUACAAUGACACGCGUUACAUAAACCUGUAUACCUCUGAUGUUUAGACGUUAUAGGACACGUUUGAGUUUUGUGUGGCGAGGAAGUCCUCGGUGUUCCCUCUUGCAUGAAGAUCUUGUUUCCAGUGGUCACCUAGAAAAUCUAUAACAUUGGGUUGAAAGGUCUUAGCUGUACAUCGUGUAUAAUAAACUAAUGCAUGUAUUUCAGCUGUACGUAGGCUUUGCAAUUUGUAUUUAUAGAUUAUAAUGUACAAUUGUCAAAUUAGUUUUAAGAUUGAUAUCGUACAUAUUGGGAUGUCACUUAUUGUGUUUGGGUAAUUUGCACAAUAGUGGGACAUGGCGAGACGUCUUAAGUUCUUGCUGAGCUCGACUGUGUUCUACUUAUAUUUAAUUUUGUUUCCAACCCCUUUGAUUUUGAGUUUGGGCCAAACAGUUUAGUUUUUGAUGAAUUGGUCCUUUACAAUCAGGACCGCAGAGGGACACGUUUAUCUUGCAAUAUGACAGUUCCUGUUAUUUUCUCUCUCUUCCUUGUUGCCUCUGCGUAAUUCUUAUGUAUCUUUAUGAACUGCUGUAAAACUGUGAUCUAAUGUGAGGGGGGCCUGUGGAGUCCCCUCAGCGACACCUGUUGAAAAACCAUAACCAUAUGUAAAGAUCAUUAUUGGAGACUAAUAAUGAUGGCGAAUGCAUUAAGGUUGUGAUUUCAGGUUAAUAAAAUAUAGUAUUUGAGUCA